GUUGCCGCCAAGAGAAGCCGAUUGUGCCACAUGGUGAGCAAGACUCGCAGCUUCAGGAGGGUAUAAAAGGCCCCUGGCUGGUGCGGCAGGCACCACACCUCCUGAGCCGGUCCUCCGCAGCUUGCCCAGCCUUCAAUAUGGAAGUUUCCCACUCACACAUGAAGCCAAAGACCCAGCUGGAGAAGGAGCUCGACUGCAUCAUCAACAUCUACCACCAGUACUCCUUCCGGAACCCCAUGGACGACUACCUGCAGAAGAAUGAGUUCAAGAAGCUGCUCAGAGAACAAGCCGCCGACUUCCUGAAAAACACCAAGCCACCCAAGAUACCCCUGGAACAGUACCUAGAGAUCCUCUUUGAGAAGGCCGACAAGAAUCAUGAUGGCCAUAUCAAAUUCACCGAGUUCCUGACCACGCUGGCAAGAAUCGCUAUUGACGUGCACGACAGCUCGCAUAAGGAUGUGCCUGGCCAUGGCCACGGUCACAGCCACGAUGGGCAUGGACAUGGGCACUCA